ACGGUACUGUUUAAUGCAUUACUUCUUCCCUGUUAGGCUACUGAAUAACAAAUUUAGCUUAAAGUCAACAUUCGGAAAUGUCUAGUGUAAACGGUAACGAUGUAUUCAGACUCUUCUGCACUUACGCAGGAAUGACGACAAUGAAGAUGAUGUUAUUGUCGUACUACACGGCAAGGUUUCGAUUCAAAAAUAGUGUAGUUGCAAAUCCGGAAGACAGAACCUCAAAAUCGUCAAAAGUUGGAACCAAUAUUGAUGAAGAUGUAGAAAGAGUACGACGUUGUCACCUCAACGACCUAGAGAACAUCGUGCCAUUCCUGUUCUUGGGAUUCCUAUACGCGUUGAGCGAGCCAAGUGUAUUUGCAGCAUCAAUGCAUUACCGAAUCUUCUUUGCGUCACGUGUCCUCCAUAGCAUUGCAUACUUGGCUCCCCUCCCUCAGCCUUCCAGAGCAUUCUGCUUCACAGUCGGAUGGAUCGUCAACGCGUCGAUGGCCUGGAACGUUAUCAAGCUUGGCAUGUUUUAGAUGUCUAACAAACCAUUUCAUUACUUGGUUUUAAUUCGCGAAGAAAACGAAAUCAAUUAAAGUUACAGAAUAUAAUUUUAUCCAAGUACAGUAGGCCUAGUAUUAUCAUUAGUAGCCUAUAAUAAUUAUAAAAGUAGGCCUAUUGAUAAUAAAAAUAAUAAUAAGCCUGGCCCUAAUUUUAUUUAUUUAUUUUUGUCUUUUGUGUGAUUACACAUUCAGUGUUGUAGCACUGUUAUCACAAGUGGAUCACAAGUAAAAAGAAUAAAAGAGAAGCAAAA